GCCGCCACCAUGUCCGCCUCGGCUGUCUUCAUCCUCGAUGUCAAGGGCAAGCCCUUGAUCAGCCGCAACUACAAGGGCGAUGUGGCCAUGAGUGAGAUUGAGCACUUCAUGCCUCUGCUCAUGCAGCGGGAGGAGGAGGGCGCCCUGGCCCCACUGAUGAGCCACGGCCGGGUCCACUUUCUGUGGAUCAAAUACAGCAACCUCUACUUGGUGGCCACCACACUGAAGAACGCCAAUGCCUCCCUCGUGUACUCGUUCCUCUACAAGACAGUGGAGGUAUUCUCUGAAUACUUCAAGGAGCUGGAGGAGGAAAGCAUUCGAGACAACUUUGUCAUCGUCUACGAGCUGCUGGAUGAGCUCAUGGACUUCGGCUUCCCACAGACCACGGACAGCAAAAUCCUGCAGGAAUACAUCACGCAGCAGGGCAACAAGCUGGAGACGGGCAAGUCGCGAGUGCCACCCACUGUCACCAAUGCUGUGUCCUGGCGCUCGGAGGGCAUCAAAUACAAGAAGAACGAAGUCUUCAUCGAUGUCAUAGAGUCCGUCAACCUACUGGUCAACGCCAACGGCAGUGUCCUGCUGAGUGAGAUCGUGGGCACCAUCAAGCUCAAGGUGUUUCUGUCAGGAAUGCCGGAGCUGAGGCUGGGCCUCAAUGACCGCGUGCUCUUCGAGCUCACUGGCCGGAGCAAGAACAAGUCCGUGGAACUGGAGGAUGUGAAAUUCCACCAGUGUGUGAGGCUGUCUCGCUUCGACAACGACCGUACCAUCUCCUUCAUUCCGCCUGACGGUGACUUUGAGCUCAUGUCCUACCGCCUCAGCACCCAGGUCAAGCCGCUGAUCUGGAUUGAAUCUGUCAUUGAGAAAUUCUCCCACAGCCGCGUGGAGAUCAUGGUCAAGGCUAAGGGGCAGUUUAAGAAGCAGUCAGUGGCCAACAGCGUGGAGAUAUCUGUGCCAGUACCCAGCGAUGCCGACUCCCCACGCUUCAAGACCAGCGUGGGCAGUGCCAAGUACAUGCCAGAGAAGAACGUCGUUAUCUGGAGUAUCAAGUCUUUCCCGGGGGGCAAGGAGUACCUGAUGCGCGCCCACUUUGGCCUCCCCAGCGUGGAGAAGGAGGAGGUAGAGGGCCGGCCCCCCAUCGGGGUCAAGUUUGAGAUCCCCUAUUUCACCGUCUCCGGGAUCCAGGUCCGAUACAUGAAGAUCAUCGAGAAGAGUGGUUACCAGGCCCUGCCCUGGGUCCGCUAUAUCACCCAGAGUGGCGAUUAUCAACUUCGUACCAGCUAG